AUGCAACAGAAUUUGCCAAUAAUACCCGGACCAGACUCGAUUGAGAUAGAGUACGAAGCUUUGCCAGAUGAUGCUUCUGUAGCAGCACAUUUAGGAGCUGGUGCAUUUGCUGGUAUCAUGGAACAUACAGUUAUGUUCCCUAUUGACUCGUUGAAGACCAGAAUGCAAAUGGCGUCCAAUACACAGGAGUUGAGUAAGAGUGUUAUAACUUCUAUUUCAAAGAUAGCUUCUUCAGAGGGAAUCUAUUCACUCUGGAGAGGGGUUUCAUCGGUCGUGUUGGGAGCAGGACCUGCUCAUGCCAUUUACUUUUCAGUUUUCGAAGCGACCAAAACGUUGUUGGUGAAUAGAUUAACCAACUCGCCCCAUUCGCAUAAGAUAGUUACAGAUGAAAACCAUCCGUUGAUUGCCAGUGGUGCCGGAACGGCUGCAACGACCGCAUCCGAUGCGUUAAUGACCCCAUUCGAUGUCUUAAAGCAAAGAAUGCAGGCAUCUAGUCAAUUCAGACAGACAGAAAACACAUCAGUUAAAUUAUUACAGGUAGCUUCGGAUAUAUAUAAAAAGGAAGGAUUUUCAGCCUUUUACAUUUCAUAUCCAACUACGCUUUUCACCAACAUACCAUUUGCGGCCUUAAACUUUGGAUUUUACGAAUAUUCAUCUUCGGUAUUGAACCCAGAUAACGUAUACAACCCAUACUUACACUGUGUUUCUGGUGGUAUCGCCGGUGGGAUUGCAGCUGCCAUCACAAAUCCGUUGGACUGUAUCAAAACAGCAUUGCAAACUAAAGGUAUCUCCAGAAAUGAAAAUAUGAAGUACGUCACAGGAUUUAAAUCUGCCACUAGAGCAUUAUUCAAAGAAAGUGGAAUGAGUGCAUUCACGAGAGGUUUGAAACCAAGAAUCAUUUUCAACGUUCCCAGUACUGCCAUUUCGUGGACCGCCUACGAAAUGGCCAAAGAACUCUUAUUGAAAAAUUAA